UGCGCGGAGUCGUAGUCAGUUUGGCGUUGGUUCCCGGAGGCCGCGGGGCUUCGAGUGGCCGCCGGCGCGCGGCAGGCUGGCCCGAGGCCGGGCAGCGGGGCCUCCGCCAUGCCCGGGAUGGUGCUCUUCGGUCGGCGCUGGGCCAUCGCCAGUGACGACCUGGUCUUCCCGGGGUUCUUCGAGCUGUCCCUGCGAGUGGUGUGGUGGAUUGGCAUUUUGACUUUGUACCUCCUGCACAGAGGCAAGCUGGACUGUGCUGGCGGUGUCCUCCUCAGCAGUUACUUGAUUGUUCUUAUUGUCCUCCUAGCAGUUAUAAUAUGUACCCUGACAGCCAUCGUAUGUGUCAGCAUGAAAGGAACCAUUUGUAACCCUGGACCGCGGAAAUCCAUGGCUAAGCUGCUUUACAUCCGCCUGGCGCUCUUUCUGCCAGAGAUGGGCUGGGCUUCUCUGGGGGCCGCCUGGAUAGCAGACGACAUUCGGUGUGACAAGACGGUUGUGAAUGGCAUCAUUGCCACUGUCGUUGUCAGCUGGAUUAUCAUCGUCUCCACUGUGGUUACCAUUAUCGUCGUCUUUGACCCGCUGGGGGGGAAGAUGGCUCCGUAUUCCUCUGCUGGCCCCAACCACCUGGACAGUCAUGAGUCGAGCCAGCUACUUCACGGCCUCAAGACAGCAGCUACCAGCGUGUGGGAGACCAGGAUCAAGUUACUGUGCUGCUGCGUCGGGAAAGAUGACCACACUCGAGUUGCUUUUUCGAGUAUGGCAGAGCUUUUCUCAACCUACUUUUCAGACACAGAUCUGGUGCCCAGCGACAUUGCGGCGGGCCUCACCCUUCUCCAUCAGCAACAGGACAACAUCAGGAACAGCCAGGAGCCUGAUGAGGUCAUCAGCCAUUCCCCAGGCCCCCCCCAGGAAGCUGAUUUAGAUGCAGAGUUAGAAAAUUGCCAUCAUUACAUGCAGUUUGCAGCAGCCGCCUACGGGUGGCCCCUGUACGUUUAUCGGAACCCCUUCACAGGCCUGUGCAAGAUCGGUGGGGACUGUUGUAGAACCAGGACAGCAGAAUAUGACUUGGUUGGAGGUGAUCAGCUCAGCUGCCAUUUUGGCUCCAUCCUGCAGACGACAGGGCUACAGUACAGGGACUUCAUUCACAUAAGCUUUCAUGACAAGGUCUACGAGCUUCCCUUUUUAGUGGCUCUGGACCACAGGAAGGAGUCCGUCGUGGUGGCAGUGCGAGGAACCAUGUCUCUCCAGGACAUCCUCACGGACCUGUCAGCGGAGAGCGAGGACCUGAACUUGGAGUGUGGGGUGCAAGACUGUUCGGCGCACAAGGGGAUUUCUCAAGCCGCCAGAUAUGUGUACCAGCGCCUCAUCAACGAUGGGAUCUUGAGCCAAGCGUUCAGCAUUGCUCCCGAAUACCGGCUAGUGGUCGUGGGACACAGCCUGGGGGCCGGCGCCGCGGCCCUGCUGGCCAUCUUGCUCAGGAGCUCGUACCCUCAAGUCCGGUGCUACGCCUUCUCCCCGCCCCGGGGGUUGCUGAGCAAAUCCCUUUAUGAACACUCCAAGAACUUCACCGUGUCGCUUGUGCUAGGCAAGGAUAUCAUCCCCAGGUUAAGUGUGACCAACUUGGAAGAUUUGAAGAAGAGAAUCUUGCGAGUGAUCGCGCACUGUAACAAGCCCAAGUACAAGAUCCUGCUGCGCGGGUGCUGGUAUGAGCUGUUCGGAGGCGACCCUGACAACCUUCCAACAGAGCUGGACGGGGGCGCCCAGGGACACCUGACGCAGCCGCUUCUGGGGGAGCAGAGCCUGCUGACGCACGGGUCCCCGACAUACAGCUUCUCCAGCGACUCCCCCCUGGAGUCCCCCGCCAAGUACCCCCAUCUCUACCCUCCCGGCAGGAUCAUCCACCUGGAGGAAGAAGGCACCUCAGGGAGGUUUUGCCGCGCUGCCGCUCGGUACAGUGCGAGGUGGGCACACGAAUCACAGUUCAGCAAAAUACUCAUCGGCCCGAAGAUGUUAACGGACCACAUGCCCGACGUCCUGAUGAAAGCCUUGGACAGCGUGGUGUCCGACAGGGCCGCCUACGUUUUCUGUCCCCCCGGAGGUGGCUCCAACGUGGACGUGGUGUAAGUAGAGCUACUCUAAACCGCUCGAGGACGGCAGACUCACACUUUUGUUCUUACGUGGACAGUAGCAGAGUGACGUCCGUGAUGCCGGUGGAUGUCCGUCGAUAGGAAUCCGUCAGGUACUAGAUUUGGUGGUCUUCUGAAUCACGGAACGAUUGAUCACAGUGUUAGCAAGAUCGGGUGUCAGGGGAGAACAUGGAGAUGACGGGACUCGUGUAGGAAGCUUCGGGAAGCUCCAGGGCAAUUCCCUGAUGAUCUCAGAACCGUCCCAGCAAAAGUUGGGAUCCACGGCUAGGUUUAAGGACCUGACGGAUCUGUGGACUCUCACCGCCCCCCCGUCCCACCUUUUCAAUGACAGGGUCUCGUCUUACCACUGUUUAGGAGUCUGAACCCGGCAGACUGAAUUUUCCUGGCUACACAAUCUUAGUGCGUCACUGUAAGGGUACGGAUGGGUCUUCUCCUGGGUGGCGCUAAGGGUCAGCCCCGAGGUCAGGCUGGGAACUGGGGCCACUGCUCCUCGGCGCUCCAGCCUCAACAUCAAGCUGCUUUAUUUUCACCUAUUACUUUGGCUUUUGGACGUCAGCCAGUGGAUUCCGAGGGAGUUUAUAAUAAAGCACUUACACGUGU